GACUCAAUUUAUCGAGGCGCAUCCAGUGAGACGAACGCCCUGUGAAUUUCUGGAGGCCUUUCACGGUUACUGCAGUGAGAAGCAGACUGGUGUAGUGUGUGCUGUAAGCUGCAGAACCUGUCAAUAAAGCUGUUCAGUGGUUCGGUGUCGGAACCGCUUGCACCAGAUCCCUGUGUGUUCCCUCCAAGGCAUCCUGCAACGUUUUCUUUCUCUAAACGCCGUAGCUCCCGUCGACCCGCCCCAUUGUCAGUAGUUUGUUCCCCGACAGCUUCUUCAAAAUUGGGACAGGGCAGAUUUUUUAUUUUUUUGUCUGUAUAUUGGACCUAAUUCUAACCCCUACAUAGCAACAUGAGUUCCCCUGACUAGUAGAUAAAAGCUGUGUUUAGGGAAAGCUUGAGAGAUAAUUGUUUUUUUUUUACUAAUUAGUCCCUUUUAAAUAAGUUUAAAGUUUAGUCUCAACAGUUAGAUGUUAAACUAACCUUGUAAUGUACCGUAUUAUCCCGAAUUAAAAUGGUUGCAUUCUGCCAUCUCAUUAAACACAUAUUCUGUAAUUGUUAAAGGUUGGGACCAUCCAUUAUCGGGGGAAACGGGAUAUUUUGUCUUGUUGGGCCGGUUAAGAGAGCCGUUAAAACCAGCAGCUUCUUCAAUUUUCAUUUUAUUUAUUUUUUUGUAUAAUUUGUGGCAUUAAAGGUGCUUAUACAGGAGAAAUCAUCGCUUUACCAAUGAAACAAUAGGUGUAAAACCUGUUAAACGUUUACCAAGCCCAAUUAUGCUGAUUGCUUUCUCAUGACGAGCAGCCAUAUUUGGUUGAUUACGAUGAGUUUUAAAGAAAGCAUUUGUGAGAACACUUGUAAAAGUAACUUGUUUUGAUCUUGGGGUCUGAACUAUAAUAGUUCUCAUACCUCUAAAGAGAAUGAAAUCGCCUGCAGUAGGGACAGAUGCCAAAAAAGCACAGCUAACACAGCAUUUUUGCCCAUAUAAACCAUUUUGGACAGAUUCUUGAGGUCUGUUUUGAAGAAAUGUCAAACGCUAAUCCCCAGCGCGUGUUGCUCCGUGUCCUGGCCUGGGCCGUUGUUUUGAUGCCUGUUCGGUGUGUUGAAAAGCUGCUGAUGUUGUGAAGACUUGAGUGGACUGGACACGGAUGUGGUGAACUGUCUGGGCUCAUCCUCCAGUAUGUGUCGCGGAGGCGAGUUAACAUUUUUAAUCUGUAUACCUUUGAUUCCCCCGCAGACGGACUCCUCUCCUUCUCUGACUCUCGCCCAGCUCGCCAAGAUCCCAAACCUGGUCGACGCAAACGCUUCAGAAGAGGACAAGAUUAGAGCCAUGAUGUCUCAAUCGAACCAUGAAUACGAUCCAAUAAACUAUUCCAAGAAAGCAGUUGGACCCCCACCAGCUCAUUAUACCUGCUAUCGCUGCAACAAGAGCGGUCACUACAUCCGGAACUGCCCCUUGCUAUUGGUACAGGAUAAAAGUGUGGAGGGUCCCAAACAAGUAAGAAUCAGUAAGGGCAUACCGCAGAGCUUCAUGGUGAAAGCUGACCCUGGCGCCAAGGGAGCAAUGUUGACGAGCACCGGAGAGUAUGCUAUACCUGCCAUAGACGCGGAGGCCUACGCUCAAGGAAAGAAGGAACGCCCUCCGUUCGUUCCCCACGACCAGUCGUCAUCCGAGGACGAUACCGACCCCAUCCCAGACGAACUCCUGUGUCCCAUCUGCAAUGACCUGAUGACCGACGCGGUCGUCAUACCCUGCUGCGGAAACAGUUACUGCGAUGAUUGCAUCAGGACUGCUCUGCUGGACUCUGAGGAGCACACCUGCUACUCUUGCAAACAGUCGGAUGUUUCACCCGAUAACCUCAUCGCCAACAAGUUUCUUCGACAGGCUGUGAACAACUUCAAGAAUGAGACUGGAUACACCAAACAUGGACGGAAGCCGGUCCACCACGCCGCUCCCCUUCCCCCUCGCCCUCAGUUGGUCCGGCCUUUGCAGUCAAGACAGCAGGAUCCUCUCCUGGUCAAUGCUGCUAUCCCUCCACCUCCCGCCGCGAUUGCACCAACUAUAGUUCCUAAAGUAGAAGUCCCAACUCCUACACCUGUGACGGCUGCUGCUCCUCCUGUUGUUGUUGCUUCUGCUCCUCCUGUUUCCAUCGCCACUUCUGCUCCUCCCGUCUCCACCACGGCGGCUGCCUCUCCUGUUUCUACCGCUCUGUCUGUUUCCACCGCCUCUGUCGCUCCAUCCGUUCCCGAACCCUCAACAACUCCCGCGACUCCAAGUCCUCCUCCUCCUCCUGCUGCUGCUGUUGAACACAAGGAGGCUUCACCAGUUCCUGCACCCGCUGGUGACUGCCAUUCACCUGUGGUCUCAAAUAGCCAGGGAGAGCCACCCUCACCAGGGGAGAGCGAUCCAGAACCUCCUGUGACACGAGCUGCUUCUGGGACCCCUGAAAGACCGUCACAGCGCUACAGUUUACCCGUGCUUGGCCACCUGCCGCCUGCAAGACCAAAUCAUCCAUCAGGUCACCAAACACGAUCCAACCCACCUCACCGAGGAGGAAACAGACACUGGUACAGAAACAGAGGAGAGCAUCCUUCCUCUCAUGUGCGGACGGCUCAACCUCCUGCACCCGCCCCUCAAAUCUACCCAGCCGCCCUGUACCCACCGGUACCGCAGCCCUACAUUCCUCAGUACAGCUCAGGGCCGGGCCUCAUCCCGCCUCCCACUAUUAGUUUCCAGCCUCAACCUCUCUACGCGCCUGGACCCCCUGGGCUUAACCCCCCAUGGGUCCCCCAGGGUGCCCAGCCCCCCCUCAUGCCACUACCGCCCUCCAUGUCGCAGCCUCCUCUCUCAAAAGAAGACUUCUACAGACAAAGACACCAUCGUCAGGACAAAGUCACGUCCAAACUGGAUGAGUUCACGAAAGAUUUCCACGAGGAACUCAUGAAAUACAGAAAUGCAUCGAAGAGACGAAGGCGAUCGUAUUCCAGGUCCAGGUCAUACAGCCGCUCUCCGUUCAGCCGCUCACCCUUCAGCCGCUCCCCGUAUUCUCGCUCUAGAUCCAGAUCUAGAUCCAGAUCCCGAUCUUACUCGUUCUCUCCCAGUCGAUCCCGUUCUCGAUCCCACGGCCGGUCCUAUCCCCGCUCCCCGUAUUCCAGACGUAACGGACGUAGCUACGGACGAUCGAGAUCGAGGUCCCGCUCUCGUUCGAGGUCCUACGUCUAUCGGCGUUCCGGCUCGCCUCGAUCUCCUCCUCCCUACCGGGGAGGAGGCUGGGACGGAGCAGAAGGUCCCAGACCCUACCGGUCUCGGACGCGGUCGCGCUCCCCUGGCGGCUACCGGAACCGCAGCCCCGGUGGAAAGAAGCCCCCUCCUCGGGAGCUACAAGCAUAUGAGCUAAAGGGACAUAGUCCUGCCAGUCAUGAUCGCUGGGAGAGAGAAAGGUACCGACAGUGGGAGAAGGAGUACGCAGACUGGUACAACAAGUACUACAAAGACUUCAACAACCAGCAUCCCUCCGUGCAUCACCGAGGACACGGCAGCAGAGACCGAGAACGGGAGAAAAUACCGCCGCCGUCCAGAGAUUAUUCCCCCCAGGGAAGAGGAAGACGAGGGAAAGAGGAGAGAGGUGACCCGCCCCAUAAUCCUCCGUUGUCGUCUUCGUCGGGAGCAAAGUCCAGCACCAAGGUCCUGAAGUCAAAGAAGAUCAAAAAGAAGAGGUCUGGGGAGGAGCCAGAGCAGUCUCUGCACAGAGGGGAUGCCACUCCGGUCAGAGACGAGCCGAUGGAUGAAAUAUCGUCCAACUCUAAAACGUCGCCCAUCUCCUCAAGGCCUCUGCCUUUAGGGGGCGCUGCCACGCCUAAAGCUACAUCUUCCAAAGGCACAGCUGCACCGGCUAAACCCGCCACCAAGUCAACGUCAAAGACCCAGGCCGAGCAAGCGAAGGAAAAGCUUCCGAAGGUGAAAGCUAAAGCUAAAACGCAGGUUAAGGCAAAAAGUGAGAAGGUGAAGAAAAAGCCCGGAGAAGGCGUGACGAACACCAAGAAGGACUCGACCACCCUGUCCGCUGUCAAGCUGGUGAAGACUAUGAAGACCAAGUCGGACGACGCCUCGAACUCGGCCACGCCCAAAAAGGAGAAGCCAAAAAGCUCUGCGGUGAGACCGGCCGCCAAGACGCCUCCCACUUCCUCCCCAAGUCAGCCUCCGCCUCACCACUCUCUGCACGAGAGCCCCCGCUCCAGCUACGACUCGCAAAGCAGGCGAGAUCUUCCCAAGAGCUCCAGCCUCCUCCCUCUGCACAGAGCCCCCCUCCUCCCCGCGCCUCCGUCCCCCAUAGACGGCCGGAGGAGGAUGGGGGAGGACUGCCGCUCUCUCCUCGGACCCCCGGACAAGCUGAGGAGAAUCGACGGAGGGGGCGGCAUGUCCCACCUCCAUCCGACCCCGUUUCACCGACUCCCGCUCUCCUCCUCCUCCUCCGACCGGCCCGCCAUACUCCCCCUGAUGGGGACCCGGGAGCUGGGCCGGAUGGAUUCAGACCGAGGACAUGCGGCCGAUGUUCCGAAGCCAAUGAGGAGGAUCAAGCUGAACAGAGAUCUGGGAAGAAGAGGCAGCAGUGAGACGGCACCUUCAGACAGAACCCAGUCCAGCUCUGAGAAAUCUUCCUCCAGCUCGGAUCGAUCGGCCGCAGCUCACGGCUCUGAGGGAGACAGACACAAGAGCGCGUCCGAGGGAGGAGGAAGGAAGGAGCCACCGACGUCCGCAGAUAGAGGCGUUUCCCGGGAGCGGCCGAGCAGCGCUGGAGACAGGCACCGUGGGUCUGACAGAGAGAGAGACAGAACCUCUGCUUCAGACAGAGACAGGGAUUCAGGCCUGAACCGGGAGCGGGACAAGGACAAGCCAUCUGGGUCAGGCCAACAAAAAGUGUCCGAGGACAGAGAUGAGGAGGGAGAAAAGGUGAAGGCAGAGCGAAAAAACCCCAGCAGUGCAACUGCAGGAGGCCGGUCCGUCUCCGUGGAUAAAAUGACGAUCGGAGAGAAAUCUGCCAUUUGUAGGAAAGUGGCAGAUCCGGAGAAACCGAGCGCGUCCUCUAAGGAGAGAGCCGACGGCUCGGAGAGAGCCGCUAAAGCUGACAGGAGUCGGUCCAAGGACAGAGCGGAGAGGAGCAGCCACUCAGGAGAAAAAUCAGCCGCGGCUCAAAGAGACGCGGUCAAAGAUGGCCAGGAGGCGGCAGCGAAAAGCAGACCCAGGAUCAGUCGGAAGGCCCUGCCGAGCUACGUGGCUACCUCCACGAGCAGGUCGGCUCCAGAGAAAAAGCCGGACUCCAACAAAGAGCCGAAGAAGAGCUCCUCCUCCUCCUCCUCUAAGCCUGCCGAGCAGCCUGCACCGAGCCCCCCGAGGAGCCAGGACCGCAGCCCGAGUGUCAGCCCGCCUCCCAGCCCGGCUCAGGAGGUGCCGCUCAUUCAGCCUCCUCCACGCUCCAAGUGGGAGAGAGACGAUGACGAAGAAGGCCUGGAUGAGGAGCCCACCCCGCCCGCCAGGGACCCCUCGACGUCGCUGCAGAGAAACCGAAGAACCGAGGCCCAGUUCAGCACGCCUAAACCCGUACGAAGCGAAGCCCGGGAGGCCCCCAAGGAGAAGGGAGCGGUCAGGGAGGAGAAGAAGGGGAAGACGCAGAAGGAGGCGGGCAAGGGUGGCAGGACCACACCAAAAGACGCAGACAAACCGCACAGACCCAAGUCUGUCAGGGAGGAGAGCAGAGGAACAAAGGAGGAGAGGAGACCGUCCGUCAAAGAGGAGAGAAGAGGAGGAGGGGGGACGGGGAAGGAGGAGAGAGCGGCCGGAGGACGAGAGGAGAGCCGCAACCCAGAGCCCCGGAGGCAGCGGCUGUGCUCCGACCUGACCCGCGAGACCGACGAGGCGGCCUUCGUGCCGGACUACAGCGAGGGCGAGGGCUCGGAGCCGGAGAGGGGCCGGAGCGGCAGCCCCGCGCCGUCGCUCAGCCAGCCCUCCCAGAGCCCCUCGCUGAGCAACCAGAGCGGCUCGGCCACCGCCGCCGCCGCCGACAAGAAGAAGAAGAAACACAAGAAGCAGAAGAAGCACAAGCACAAGCACAAGAAGCGCGGCAGCCAGGACAAAGACAACAAGGAGCCCAAGCAACACAAGAGCAAACACAAGAAGAAGAAACGCAAAAAGAGCAAAGACACGGCGACUGCGGAGGAAGAGGAGGAGGAGGAAGAGGAGAAGGAGAAACCAGAGGAAGAGGCGCCGUGCUAACACCCUGGCCAAAAAAUGAUGACAGCCUGUGAAGUUGUAGUUGAACGGGUGGGGACGGUGGUUCAGGAGGAGCUUCUUUGUGUUAUUCGGACAUUUGCUGCUGGACACAUCUGGGUCUCUGGACACAUCUGGAUCUCUGGACACAUCUGGGUCUCUGGACACAUCUGGGUCUCUGGACACAUCUGGAUCUCCGGAUCUCCUGCCGGGCCUGGCUGGUCCGGACAGACGCCGCGGAGCUCAGCGCCUGACCAGGAAGGACCGGCUGAUCACGGCCGUCUGUAACCGAUAGGAACACUACACACUGUACUCAGGGAUGUGAUUGCUUCCUGCAGAGGAGGAAUUGCUGCUCUUUCCUCCGCUGGUUAAUUUGUACAUAAAGAUUUGCUUUAAAAUCAUUUCUCCCUCGGUUCUCUUCGCUCACGUCCGUUUGCUUUUCCAUGGUUAGAACGUUGAACAACUGUCGUUUUUAUUCGCAUCUGUUGACCCGUUUCUUUGUAGGGAACUCUGCGAGGAGCUUUGCAUGUUUUAGCGUUUAUUAUUUAAAAACAAAAAAAAAUUAUUCUCAACUCUGAGUAUCUUAUUAGAUUAUGCUAGUGCUACUUAUUUUUUGUUGUAUUAGACUAAAUCUACAUGAAACAUUUUUGAUGGCUGAUUUUUCGCAAAGUUAAAUGAAAAAAAAUAAAAGGUACAAGGAAAAAUAAAGUUUAUUUAGCUAAAACUUACAAAAUUUCUGGUUUUGUUUCUUGUGAAAAGCAGAGGAUCGCAGACACUGAAUUGUGUAAAUCAAGGAUGUUUAUUUAAUGACGCGUCAGUCGUGCUUCUAAGGUACAGUCGCUGCAUCAGAAUGUGUUUGUGGGUGAAGCUGGUGUGAAAAUGAUAACGUUUCUUUUUUUUUAAAUAAAAAAUGGUUUUUGAACCCAACAAAA